AUGGUUGGCCACAACUCCUCUUUGGGACAGGAUUCUAUGGCUAGACAGCAACAGAAUCAACAACAACAACAACUGUUGCAACAACAACAACAACAACAACUGCAGCAAAAUCAACAGACAAGUCCACAACGCCACCAGCAACAACAAUUACUUCUGCAUCAGCUGCGAAUACAACAAGCUUCUUAUUCAUCUUCGGCCCAAACCACUCCCAAAGCAGGCAAUCACUAUAUGGACUCUGAAGAACAAUACAAAAACUCCGCCAACAUUAACAAUAGUAAUGGUCGUAACCGUGAGAAGAGCAUGGAUAAAGGUUCGAAUAAAAACAUGAUGAUGAGCAUGGGAUCAGAAAACUUGGCAGACGUAAACGAUAAUGGGUCAGGCGACAACGGAAACAUGCUGACUAGUACUGCCGGUGGUGGAAUGUCUCACUCAGGUUCACAACCUCCCAUGGGUCGUCGAAAUAGUGAUCUUAAUCCCACCUCACCUUCAAAUUACCUUGAUCCUACUUGGACUGCUGGACUCGUGGGUGAUGCUAAUAAUGAAUUGUUGUAUGGUAUGGACUUUAGUGGUGCAGGAGAUUUGAAUCUUGUUGACCCCAUCAGCUUCUCCAAUGCGUUGGCUCAAUUCGAUGCCAGAAGUUUAGACCAUACCACUAUUGGCAAUCAAGAUUUAACAGAGUCAAAACUGUCAUUAAACGAGAACACUUUAACUCCCCAAACUUCAUCCAAUCAUCAGCAAUUUGAUAAUAGUAAUUCACAAAACCCUUCGCUAGGGUCAAUGGCCAACCCAACAUUGCUACAAUUAAAAGCUGAUCCUAAAUCAAGACAAAAGAGGGCCGAUGAUAAGAAAGCACCCGUUUCCAAAACAUCGACAAAGCAAAGGCGACCUUGUGAUCAUUGCAGAAGAAGAAAGAUAAAAUGUGUAUUAGCUCCUAGUUCGGAAAAUUGUGUUCAAUGUGAAGCAAAGUCCAUUUCUUGUACAUUUCUUGAUCAACCUGGCGUUCCGAAGCGUAAAAUUGAUGAAGCUGGGAGCUUUGCACAACAGAAUAAAAGAGGGAAGUUCAAUGACAAAGAAAGUAAAUUAACAAAUUUAACAGAUCCAAAUUUCAACAUAAUUAAUAAUGAAGUUGUUCCUAAUGUUCCUAUAAGAGAUAUUCAUCCAGUUCAAGAUUAUUCCUCAAUGAACAAUUCCUUACUAAAGAAGACGCUUUCAUUACAAUUCCCGCGAUCAUCAUUUUAUGUGGGUCCCACAUCUUACAUGUAUGAUAUUAACUUGCUUAAUCUCAUAAUUGAAGCCCAAUACCAACUGCAGAAUAAUCAAAGCAAUAACUCAAAGAUCGAGCAAGUGAAUCUUAGUAAUACAAUUUCUUUAAGAAAGGUCAGUGAUCGAGUGCAGUUUAUUCUUAAAGACGAUCAAUCUGCGGAAUCAUAUCAAACAAUGUCCAAUGAUGUGGAUACAAUAGAAAAGUUUAUUGCUCCUCAUGGUCAAAUACUUAUAGACUUGUACUUUCGAAUAAUUCAUCCAUCAUAUCCCAUUUUACACAAGAAAGUUUUCCUUGAGAAAUAUUCCAGAACACACAGAGAAUUUAGUGCUCCUUUAUUAGCUGCAGUUUAUGUUUUAGCUAUUCAAUGGUGGGAUUAUGAUCCUCAGUUAAAUCGAUUCCCAAAGCCUAAUGUUGAGUUAAUUCUAAAGAUUGGAUUGAAUAAUUAUUUACUUGAGAUAUUAAAGCGUCCUAAGUUAAGUGCUGUCCAAGCAGGCUUAUUAUUAUUACAAUGUAAGCAUAUUAUUCAAGCUAAAGAUAGCGCUGCGAAUAUGUCACAGUUUGGAAAUUUACCUGGAAGUACUCCCAAUGUACUGUACAAUUCAAUAGGGAACUCAGAUUAUAGCGAUUGGGUAUUAGGAGCUCAAGUAUUAGCAUUAGCAGAGGAAUUGGGGUUAGGCAUGGAUUGUAACAAAUGGAAGUUGCCAAAAUGGGAGCGGGGAUUAAGAAAGAGGCUAGCGUGGGCUGCAUAUAUGGAGGAUAAAUGGCUAUCACUUAAGAAUGGUAGACCAUCUCAUAUUAAUGAGAAUAAUUGGGUAGUUGUGCCAUUAAUUGAGGAGGAUUUUCCUGAGAAGCAUGGUGAUGGUGAUCUUAAAGAAGGAUCAUCUGAUAUCGAUAAUGGUAAGAAGAUAUUUAUGAAUUUGAUUCAAUUGACAACGAUAUUAUCUGAUAUCUUGAAUGGAUUUUAUUCCAUGAAAGCAAUGCAAGAAAUUGUUGAUCUUGAUCAAGUUUUAAUGAUAGCAAAGCCUCUUCAAUUAAGAUUACGAAAUUGGUAUCAAACAUUACCUGAAGAACUUCUGAUGAACUCAAUGCAACCCCGAAAGUUAUGCUCUAAUGGGUAUUUACAAUUGGCAUACUUUGCAACUGAACUAACGUUACACAGGAAAAUUGUAACAGUUAUUUAUCAACAAAGUCAACAAAACAAUCCUCCACUUGAGGCAAAGGUAAGGGUUUGUCGUACAGCAGCGAGAACAAGAUUAAUAGCUUCGAUUGAAUUUGUUAAGGAUUUGAAACCUGAACAUAUACAUUCAUUUUGGCAUUCAUCAGCUGCAUCUAAUUUUACUUUAAUCGGUACCUUUGCAGCUCUUUUGUUUAUCUCAUCGACGUCAAAAGAGGAAAGUGACUUUUAUAAAGAUCAAAUAUUCAACUAUAGGUGGAUUUUAAGAAUAUCAUCCAAGGGCUUUGAACAUGCUGGUGAAGCAUUACAUGAGUUGGAUAUAAUACUUAAUCGUAUCCCUGGUUUACUUAAUGAUAGUAUUGAUUUGCCUAUGGUUUUACCAAUAGUUCCUACUGUUGAUUACAGAAACCGUUCUCAAGGUAGAUCUAGUGGUGGUGUUUCACAAGGCAAUCAAGCUCAAAACCCUCAAUUGCAGCAACUCCAGGGACAGCAGUCGCAAUUGAAUCGACAACAACAGCAACAGCAGCAGCAGCAGCAACAACAGCACCCACAGAAGGCAGUAUCUUCACCUAUGAUGGCCAAUGAUGGCAGUAAUAAGAAUAGUCCUGGAGUCUAUCCUAAUCGUCCAUUACAAGCCGGACAAAGAAGAAUGAAUUCUACUCAAGGAGGUGGUCGAGGUCAGAAUGUUGGAUCACCUUAUUCCCCACAAAACUUUUCAUCCCCAUCAUUUUCCCAAGUGCCACCAUUUGUGCCCAAUUCCAAUACUAUAUCCAGAGGAGGCCAAUUUGUUGUGAAUUCCCCACAAUCAUCUCAAGGGCUAUCACCAAAGGAGAUCAUCAAACAACAGAGACCUGUGAUGUCCAAUGGAUCGAAAGGAAAUAGUCCUGUUAUGGUUAGAUCACCUAAUGUUCAGCAGGCUACGCCCAACGUUCCACAAAAUGAUGAUAAUAAUUCAGAUGUACGGUCUUUACAAAAUGGUAAAUAA